AUGGGCGAGUCUGAUAUCCUUGCGGCAAUCCAGGAAGGUCGUCUUUCUCUGGCACGACUCGAAUUGGAAAGAUGCCUUAAACGGUUCCCUAAUAAGUCCUACUACUGGGCUUUGAAUUGUUACCUUCUCUUCGCCCAGGGCAAAAUCGCCCAAUCCAUAACUCAAUGCAAAGAACUCGCUCUGAAGACUCCCAGCGAUAGACAAGCCUUAUCUGUGCUUUAUGAUUCGUAUUUAAAGUUGGGCUUGGCUAAAGAAGCGAACCAAUUGUAUGAUAAUGCCAUCAAGAAGUACCCUACUAAAGAGUUGAUCGAAGCAUACUUCGAUAAGGCAUUGGAAAACUACGAUAUGGCUGGCGUGCAAAAAGCUUCUUUGCAGUUGCAAAAGAACUUCAAGUCUAACAGAGAGUAUGCUUAUAGGGCAGCUUUCUCAUGUUACCUUUUGAGCAGGAAAGGUUCCGAGAAAGAGAAGGCACUCUAUCUUGGUUUGGCUGCUGGAAUUGCUGACAAAACGGCUCCACAUGAGAACAACCAGGAGGUGUUCGUUCAAGCUAAAAUUUUGCAUGCCCAGGAAAAGUUCACUGAGGUGGUAAAGCUUCUAGAGCCAAUGAAGCACAGAGAGCUCGAGCUUACCCUUUUGUAUCUCGAUUCGCUUAAUAGAUCGGAAAACUGGGAAUUGCUUCACACCGUGUCAAAGGAUCUUUUGUUUAAUCAAGAGUUUAAUGAUGUGGAUACAUGGAAGCACUUCAUCAAUGCUUCUUCGCAUCUUCAGAAGCCUCAAGAAGAGGUUUCUAGUUUCAUCAAGUUCGAUACAAGAAACUCGUACUUCGCUAACAUUCACUUUGCUGUUACCUAUGGACUUGACCAGUUUGCGGCUCUCGAAAAGUACUAUAAUAAGUUCCACGACAAGCCUUCGGGUGCGUCUGACCUCCUCAACUUCGAUCUCUCUGAAAAGCUUCUCGAGAAGAUUCAAGCCGACUAUACCAAUCUUACAGAGAAAGAAUCACUCACUUCGUCUGAGGCUUGGACUCUUGUGAAUACUUCCAAGAUCUUGAUUCAGCAAAAGAAAUUGACAUUAUCUGAGGAAAAAUUCUCCAAGUUUGAUAACAUAGAAUUAUUCGAUUUGCAGUUGGUCAAAAUGAUAGAAAGCUUGCGCUCAGAUAAUUCUACUAGCAAUAUCGUCAAGCACAUCAUUGUCCUUGAAGACUACACCAUCAGGGAUCCCGAAAACUACAAAGUGAAGGUAUGGCUUCUCAAUCUUUACACCUACAUUAAUGCAACAUCGCUGGCUGUCAAGGUGUACAAAAGCCUUAAGAUUAAGAUGAUUCAACAAGAUACCCUUUCAUAUAAACUCGAUCUUGCACCAUCUGUGGGUAACCUUAACGAGCUUAUCUCCAUUUACAGGUUCUACAUGACCGCAGAUACCGAAGUUGGACCAUAUGUUGAACAAAGCUUCCAGAAAAACUUAUACACUAAAGUCGAGGACUUUUUUAAGUUUGGUGAACGUCUUACAAAUUCCUUGCUGAGGCACCUCAUUAUCCUCAGAAUCCUUAAAUCUUCACGUAUGCUUGGGAAUGACUAUUAUAACUAUUUCUACAGGAGAAUGAGGGAUUCUAAGGCGACAAUCCUCAGUGACAGCUUCGUCUUGAAUGAUAACAGAGAUUUUAAGUCUGAAUAUAAUCUCGGACUCGAAAUUCCACAACUCGACCUUCUCAACUAUGAACAAAGGAAGGGGACAGAGUACGUCAAGUUGAAUUACCUCAAGGAGAUCAUCAUUGCCGAAAGAGACGAGACCGAAUGCGAUAGGCUCAUCAAGCUUUAUAACAAAUGGAUCAGCAAUCCAGCAUAUACGUCACAGCUCGAUGAGUUCGAGAAGCAUCUUGUUAAGCUUUACAUUGCCAUAUUCAAGAUCUCAAAACUUAGCGAUGUCAAAGACAGGGACCUGCUUACAAAGUUCCUUUUGAAAAACCUCGACAUGAACAAAAUCAAUACUGGCUUUAUCCAGAAGGCCCCAGGGGUCUCAGCCGAACGUCACCGCAUAAUCUUGGAUACUUUCGAGCUCAUCAAGAUCACACAAACUUUGGUCAGAGACAAAGCCAUCACUAAAGCGGCCGGCGAGAUGCAAAUCCAAAUGGUCAAGAUCGUAAGUGAAAGGCCUCAAUUGCUGUCCGAGAUCAAACUGGGCGUAGGUCUAGAUGAAGAGUUCGUGAGCGACCAAUUCGAAUCCAUCAAAGAUGCACUCAAGCUCUCAACUUUGAGACUCUGA